UUGCCUCUUUUUUCGGUAUGUCUGGAAAGAAGAAUAAGCCUAGCAAGGCUACACAACCUGCUUCGGCCAAAAAAUCAUCAGGCAAAAGAGGCAUCGUCAAGAAUGGAAAUGCAGGCGCCAACGCCACUGAAGACAAACCUGUUCCUCAGCGUUCUACUAUUUUUGGCGAUUGGACAGGCAAGACACCUGUCUCACUCUUACAUGAACAUUGCCAAAAGUCCAACUGGGAGAAACCGGAGUUCGAGAUCAAGAAACAAAAAGACAACUACAUUGGUCAGGUUACUCUCAGUCAACGGAACAAAAAGACAGCUCAGAUGCAGACAGUUGUGUUUACAACACCGAGCGAGUUCCAUUUGCCUACUUCUAUGGAAGCAAAACAUUUGGCAGCCACAUAUGCACUUCAUCGAGUUAAAUCGCACAUGCCCUUGCAUCGUGUUUUGCCUCCUCAGCAUAGAGAUUAUUGGAGACAGUUUGAUGCUCUCAAGACAGCAGCAAAUGCAUGGCAGUAUGAACCAGAUCCAUUUACUGCUCAUGCUCCUAUCAAUGCGCCUAAAAAGAACCGCAGUUUGCCUUCAAAAGAGCAUGCUGCUUCAGCAGUACCUAUGCCUACUAUGCAGGCUAGAAUGGAUCAAGUGAAAGUACGGGAACCAGAAAUGGAUGAAAAGAUGCGCAAGUAUUGGCAGAGUUUACCUUCUGUUCAAAUGGGAUCAGAAAACAGAGAGCUGGCUGAACGAGUUAUCAAAAAAUCAAAGAUUGCGUAUCAACCUUUGCCUAGAAAGCAUUCAAAAGAAGAACGAAAGCAAUUGACGGAUGAACUGGUUCGAAUGGGAUUUCGUGCUGCACAUGCUGAUGAAGCCUUGGAUUAUUCAGUCGAUAAAACUGCUGCUUUAGACUGGCUUUGUUUACAUGUUCCUGAAGAUGAUCUACCUGCUAAUUUCAUGCUUGCUAAUUACAAUCCAACCAUGACAACCAUCUCUCAUACAGUUCAGUCACUUGGCAGAGAUUGGCUUAUUAAGCGUAUGAGUGCUAUUGGCUACCCAGAAAGCAUUUGUAUAGAAGCUUUGUCUCUUGCAAAUGAAGACGAAUCGAAAGCGAUAGAAAUGUUACAAUGGCGCUUAACCCAUGGAAAUGAAGAGCUACCUACUGUUGAUCCAGAAACAAUAGAUCAAGAGGAACUUACUCAACUUUGCGAGGAUGAAGUGACCGCAUUGGAAUCCAUCUAUGAAGCAUCACGCUUUCAAAAAGAGACAGAUAAAACGGGUCGUCAAGUCUACAGUAUCUUUUUUGAUGUACAGACAAAUCCAGAAAAGAAGAAACAUCGCGAAAAACUAAUGAUGCAAGUGAUUAUUCCAAAGGACUCAUAUUAUCCUUUUAGUUUGCCUUUAUUUACCAUUGAAUGUGAAGGUUUACCUAGCUAUUUAAAAUUAGCAUUUAUCAAGGGAUUAGUAGAAGAAGCAGAAAAGAAUCUAGGCAUGCCUUUUAUCUAUAUGUGUGCUGAAUGGCUUCAGGAACAUGCUGAUUCAAUGAUUGCUCAUCCACCUAAACUACGUGAUAUGACAGAGAAAUUAAACAGUUUUGAUUUACUGCAAGGACCAACACUUAAGCGAAAACUAAACCAUCCCAAACGCCAUCGCAAUCAAGGCCCAUUAAAGCCUAAUGCUUCUAUUUCUCAACAGCUCAAAGAAGCUUUAUUAAAUAUGCAUAAUUCGGCAGCCUAUGUACCUAUGGGUCUUGUCAGAUCCAAAUUGCCAGCACACCAUUUCAAAUCGACUGUAAUCAAAACAGUCUUGGGCAAUCAAAUCACUAUUGUAAGUGGUGAAACAGGUUGUGGUAAAACGACCCAAGUGCCUCAGUUUAUUAUGGAUGAAGAAAUCAUGCAGGAACGUGGAUCGACAUGUCAUAUUAUUUGUACACAACCUAGAAAGAUUUCUGCUAUUGGUGUCGCUGAGCGUGUAGCUGCUGAGCGUUGUGAAAAGAUUGGCCAGACAGUAGGUUAUGCUGUGCGUGGUGAGACAAAAGCAUCUUCUGAUACUCGGCUUCAAUUUGUCACUACCGGUGUUUUGUUGCGUCGACUGCAAAGUGAUCCUACGUUGGAUGGUAUUAGUCAUGUAAUGAUUGAUGAAGUCCACGAACGCUCUGUAGACAGUGAUUUUUUGUUGAUCAUUCUUAGAGAGGUAUUGAAGAAAAGAAAGGAUCUUAAAGUAGUGCUGAUGUCUGCUACUAUCAACCAAGAACUGUUUUCCAAGUACUUUGGUGGUGCACCUGCUAUUGAAAUUCCUGGCUUUACUCAUCCUGUAGAAGACUUUUACUUGGAAGAUAUCUUGGAGAUGACUUCGUAUGUUUCUUAUAUGCCUCUGUCUAAGAAAAAGUCAGAAGACGGUGAUCUGCCCAAAGGAGAAUGGGCUCAGUGGCAAAUGCCUUACUUGGAAAAGGGAUAUGCUGAACACACUGUGCGCACUUUGGCUCGAUACCGCAAUCAAGACAAGAUUGAUUAUGAACUUGUAGCAAGUGCUGUCAAACACAUUGUCGAUCAUGAGAAUGUAACCAUUGAAGGCGGCGCACAGCCCGCUAUUCUUAUUUUCAUGCCUGGUGCAAUGGAAAUCAAGCACUGUGUAGAAGCAUUAGAAGCUCGUCUCGGCCAUAGCUCUGAUUUUGAAAUUUUGCCUUUGCAUGCCAACCUCUCUCCUCAAGAGCAAACCCGUGUCUUCAAGACAGUCCCUACGCAUGUUCGCAAGAUUGUUGUCUCAACCAAUGUGGCAGAAACAUCCAUUACGAUUGAAGGAGUUGUCUAUGUCAUUGACUCAGGUCGAGUGAAAGAAACUCAGUUUGAAGCAGCCAACAAUAUGAUGCAUUUAGUUGAAACAUGGGCUUCUCGAGCUUCUUGUAAACAACGCCGUGGUCGUGCAGGUCGUACGAGACCAGGUAAAUGUUUCAAGCUGUUUACACGCGACACAGAUGACAACAAAAUGCGAGCGCAACAGGUACCUGAAUUGCUUCGAACACCUUUAGAGCAACUUUGUUUGACUGUCAAGGCGAUGGGUGAACAUGAUGUUCGACGAUUCUUGUCUAGAGCCAUUGAUCCACCUUCUGUUGCAGCCUUGGAUAGUGCCAUUCGUUCUUUGAGACAAGUAGAAGCGAUUGAUACGACUGAAAGAGGGAAUUUGACAGCGCUUGGUAAACACAUGUCUAACAUUCCUGCUGAUUUACGUAUCAGUAAAAUGCUCUUGUUUGGCUCUGUUUUUGGUUGUCUGGAUCCAAUUUUGACCAUUGCAUCUAUUAUGUCUUUAAAGAGUCCAUUUACAUCACCUAUGGAUAAACGAGAGGAAGCCAAACAGGCUAGAGAGAAAUUCAAUUACAGUAAAAGUGAUUGGUUAGCAGACAUGAAAGCAUAUGAAGAAUGGUACGAUAUUAUUAAAAACAAAGGCAUGCGAGCAGCCCGUAGCUUUUGUGAAGAAAACUUUUUGUCAUUUGCUACAUUGAAUGAAGUACAAAACCUACGUCGACAAUAUGCAGAUGCUCUAUCAGAAAUUGGGUUUUAUAAUCGAUCAAGAAAUGAUCAUUACAAUCAAAACUUCAGUAAUACCAACUUGUUAAAAUCGAUCAUUUUUGCUGGUCUUAAUCCUAACAUAGCCAAAAUUCAACUUCCCGAUACUAAAUAUGACAAAUUGCUUAGUGGUACAGUUGAAAGAGAGAAGGAAGCCAAAGAAAUCAAAUAUAUUACUAAAGACGAUGGCCGUGUCUUCUUACAUCCUUCUUCUUUAUUGUUCAGUAACAAUAAUUACAAUUCAUCUUUCUUGACCUAUUUUUCAAAAAUGGCAACCAGCAAGACAUUUAUUCGAGAUGGUACCGAAGUCCCUUCUUAUGCUAUUUUGUUCUUUGGUGGACAAAUUGAGGUUGAUCAUUUAGGCAGAGGAUUACAAGUAGGCGAAGAUGGUUGGGUUAAAUUUAGAUCCUGGGCUCGUAUUGGCGUACUAGUAAAUCAAUUGAAGAGAUUAUUACAAAUCGAAUUAGAGAUCAAGAUUGAAGAUCCUGAUUUAGAUGUCUCAAGCAGUGGUGUAGCACAUGCAAUUAUUUCACUUAUUACCAAUGACGGUGUUUAGACAUGAUAGAAUACGAUAAUUUUUUUUUUUUUUUGAAAUCAUAGAAUAUAACUAUAAUGGCUUGUUUAAAUGG